AUGGAGAUGGCAAAAAUACGUGAUGAACUAAAUGAGAAAGUAUCAGAAAUAAAGCGACUACAAAUUGAGUUAACUAGAAGGGAAAGUGAUGUAGCAGGUGAGGUAGUGGAUAGCUUGAAAAGACUUGUCAAAACCUUAGAGAAGGAAAAUGCCACUCUUAAGAUGAAAAAGAAUGAAAUUGAGGCUGCUCUUGAAACAAGCAGGAAGUCUUUAGCGACUAAUGUCCUUUCUAGUGCUUCUCAGAUGUCAGAUUUUUCCAAAAGUUUUCCAGAAAAGGAAGUAAUGAAAAGAUCCAUACAAAAGCUAGAUAAAGAUUUGAUGGAUACACAGCGAGAAAAGGAGAAAGCAGUACAUGAAUUGACCCGCCUUAAACAACAUCUGUUGGAAAAGGUUUCAUCCUUCAUGGAAGCUGAAGAAUUAGAAAAAAUGGACGAAGACAUCAAAAUUAUUGAAGAUCUAAGGCAAAGCAAUGAUUAUUUAAGGGCUCAAGUAUCAAAUCUUGAGAGAACCCUGAAGCAGGUAGUUUUAAGUCAGGAAGAACUGAAGAUGGCAAACAACAGCGAAGUUCUCAAGUCUAGAGAAAUCAUCGACGUCCUGGACAAGAAGCUUUCAAAUUGUAUCGGCACAAUAGAUGCUAAGAAUCAUGAACUUUUGAAUCUACAGACCACUCUUGGUACUGAUGCUGAAAAUAAAGUAGAUGUAUCUAGGACUGAAAAUGAAAAAGUUUUAGCCCAGCUUGCGCAUUCUGAGAAGGUACAAACUGAAUGGAGAAGCAGAGUAGUUAAACUUGAGGAAGACAAUUCUAAAGUUAGGGGAGCUCUUGAGCAAACCUUAAUGAAAAACCAAGUAAUGGCAUUAAAAGAGAAAGGUAUUGAUGCUGAAUUUCUCUCAUCAACAAUAUCAUCAUCAACUCAACAGAUCCCUGAUGGAACCAUUGAAAUCAAUGCCGCCAUGCUUGGCUGCUUUGAAACACAUAUCUUAGACAGCGGUGACAUUGGCUCUGCUGUCAAUGGUGCUGAUCGUUUACCCAGACGUUAG